GGACCGGUAUUGGGCGAUACACGACCCCAUAAACUAUGCUCAAAAGCGCACAAUGAAGCGCGUGGUCACCUCCAUAGCCCUCAUAUGGGCCAUCAGUGCAUUAAUAUCGAUCCCACCGCUCAUCGGGUGGAACGACUGGCCGGCCGUUUUCGACGACAACACCCCGUGUAAGCUGUCGGAGGAGCGCUCGUACGUCAUCUACUCGGCCUCCGGUUCCUUCUUCAUACCGCUGCUCAUCAUGACUGUCGUCUACUACAAGAUAUUUAAGGCGACGCGUCGGCGGCUCCGCGACCGGGCCAAGGCCUCGGCGAUGGCUAACCUCAUGUCCAGCAACUCCAAGAACUGUGUGUCGGAGUCCCAUAAGAUCGACAUCGAGUCGGCCAGCGAUGAGAAGACCGAGAAGUGCUGUAAUAAUAAGGACUGCAAUAACACGGAUCAACUCAACAAUAAGAAGAAUAGCGGCACCGCCGCAGCGGUUGGGGGUAAGGGAGGGAAGGGUGGCGUCAAAGGGGGCGACGCGAGCGCCAAAAAUAGCAGCAGCGACGAGGACUCGGUUCACAAGGAGUCGACGCCCAUCGCUAAGGAUAAUAGCGAUCCGCAUAUCAUUGGCCAGGAGUUUGUGUCCCAAUACAACACGACGACGACUACGACGACGGAUACGGUGUCGACGGCUCAGCCAUCGCUCAUAACGCCGAGCGUCGAGCAGAAGACACUUGUGGUGAACCAACACUUGUCGGCCGCCAACACAGCCCUGUCCAUCACAUGUUGCGAUAGUAAUGAGUCCAAUACUACCUCUACUAUAACUCAAGCCAAGCGCCGGCCGAUGGACGACACGGGAGGCAUAUCGUCGGUGAAGAGGUUUUGGGAGGAGAAGCAAAAGAUAUCGCUGUCGAGGGAGAGGAGGGCCACCAGGAUAUUAGGCAUUGUGAUGGGGGUGUUCGUCGCGUGCUGGCUCCCAUUCUUUCUGAUGUAUCUGAUUAUGCCUUUCUGUGAGGUCUGCUAUUUGCCCCACGAGUUGGAAAGUUUCAUCGUAUGGUUGGGCAAUCAAUUGAUGGCCUGA